GGGUCUCUCGCCACGGCCUCUUCACCCGGUCUUAUCUACGCCGUCGUCGUCUGGGACGAUCAAUAACCGUUUUGCAACUCAGUACGCUUGUCUGAUGUCUAUUGUUACGAAAAUCGCUGCCUGCCUGCCGGACGGACGGAGAAUAUCAGACGUUAUCGGUUGAUGUUUAAUAACAACCGGCCGAGAGGUGUAUUUGUGUUCGAGUCACGACCGGGCGGCUGUUGACGACCCAACCCGUCGCUAGCAAAGAGAGAUCCGGCAAAACCGCAGUUUACGAUGACCGACUACGUAGUAGCGUGCAUGCCGCCGGUGACCGAAUGUACCGAAUUCAUCAAAGAUCGGCUGUACUUUGCUACGUUGGCGGUGAGCUUACACAAAAAGUCACCGUUGCUGCCGACUGUUCCUUGGGGCGACGACGCCAAUGUGGCGUAUCUCAACUUUGACGAUACGUUCAUCUACGACCAUUUCUACAAAGAUUUCGGACCGUUGAACUUGGCCAUGGUGUAUCGCUAUUGCGUUAUCGUUCGUGAUAAACUAAAACAACAAAAACCAGUAGUACACUGGGCCAGCGAAUCCAAUCCUAAGAAAAGGUCCAACGCAGCAGUGUUAAUUUGCGCUUAUAUGAUCAUUGAACACAAUUGGACAGCUCAUCAGGCGUAUAUGACUUUGUCGCAAAACUGUGCGUUGCAAUUCAUGGAAUUCAGAGAUGCCUCGUACACGAAUGAAGUAUUAUAUGGUUUAACAGUCGAAGAUUGUGUUAACGCGCUGUUUAAGGCAAAAUGGUUUGGAUUUUUUAACUUUGACGAUUUCGACUUGGACGAAUAUGAAAAAUACGAGGCGACCAACGACGGCGACUUCAAUUGGAUUCUACCCGGUACAAUGUUAGCAUUUUCGUCUCCACAUGCUCGGGAACACGUUGACAAAUCCGGCCACCACCAGCAUUCUCCGGCUUAUUAUUACAAGUACUUCAUACAAAACAACGUCAAGCACGUCAUCAGAUUGAACAGCAAAAGAGUGUACAAUGCCAAACGUACUUUCGUGGCGACUGGUCACAUCGACCACACGGACUUGAUUUUUCCUGACGGCACGUCGCCAACGGAUCUUAUUGUUUUGCGGUUUUUGUGUCUUUGCGAAGACUUCUUGGAUGAUUUUUCCACCAAAGAUGGUAUGGACCAACAAGGUACGACGAGUCAAUCUCCAACAUCGGAAAGUUUGGUAGAAAACAACGUAUCCAGAUCCACUAAAGGUGCCGUGGCCGUACACUGUAAAGCCGGCUUGGGAAGAACGGGCUGCCUAAUAGCUUGUUACAUUAUGAAACAUUGGUCGUUCACAGCCGAAGAAGCUAUAGCUUGGAUACGAAUAUGUCGGCCUGGUUCCGUAACUGACCCCCAACAUGAAUGGCUAAUCCUAAAACAAAAUUACCUAAGGAAUAUGGGAAAACUGUGGAGGCAGCGGAUAACACAUUCGUCGGGCAAAUACAAACGGUUUGCGAAUGGAGUGAACAGCAUUAAACGACACGAGUCCACUUGCAAUCCGUACACUUUUGUGGAACCUCCACCACUUUCUUCGAUGAGCUCCGGUACGGAUGAACCUGAUGAUGAACAAGCUAAUCUCACCGCCGAAUGUGACAACGUCAAUGGUUCAUCGGAAAGCGUUCAAGCCAACAAGAUCGAUGAUCAAUGCCCAAGUCUGACUUUGGUCCGAAAGAAAAUGAAGAUAAGCAAAGCCGACAGCGACUUAUUGAAUUUGAAUCACUUUCAAGUGACAAUGUUUUCCAAAAACGACGACCCCAAACGUAAAGCGACCAAUCAGGAUGGUAACGUAACGAAGAAAACCCAAGUCACGCCUUCGAUCGUAGUAACGUUGGCCAGGUGCAACUCGUCAAACGAUUGCGAUGCGGCAAACAAAGGGACAAACGUUGUGGUGUCCGGUAGAACUCAUAACUGCUUCCCGAGGACGGCCGUGACGGCCCUAACUAACCCGACAAAUGUUUCGGACGACCAGAAAGAAUCCUAUGCGUAUGCCGCUGUGGCGUCAACCGGUUUUGCCGAAUAAAAAAUCCACAGACAUCUCGUGAUCGAGUCGUUAGCAUCGAUUGAUUGAUAAGUUUUAAAUUUUACAAAUAAGUUUUAACACAAGUGUUAUUUUAUUCUAAUAGAGAAAAAAAUAUUCUUCAUAAUUUAACGCGUCUGUUCAACCGAUAGCACUUCACUAACGUACAUUGGUUAUUAUUUUAUAUUUUGUUUUUAUUAAACUUAAAAUUACAACAUUUUACGAUUGUAACAUAAUUAUUAUAUUUUUAACAUAACAAACAUUACAAAUGGUAUAAUAUACUUAUAUAAUUAUGUUUUUUAUUACUCAUAACGGGUUUUGUGUGCAAGUGUGUGUGUG